UGUUAAACCUAUAACACCCUGCUACAUUUUUAUUAUUUGUGUUUGAUAAGAAAAAAACUAAGAUUUCAAUAGUUGGGCCAACUGAAGUGGGAAGGGGCUCGUACACGCAGCCACCACAGAAAAACCUGACCAUUUUAUCACUUGUUGUUGGCAAGAUAAAUCGACCGUGAAGAUGAUGCCUCCUUCUACAAUUCCUGAAAGCAUUGUGUAAGAUCACUUCAUGCGUGACACAAGUUCCUCUAAAAAGACUAGCUGGGUACCCCGCGGAUGAAAUGCUGGCGUCACAUGGCGAAGAUUCGCCCUGUUCUGGACAAGGAUGCUUGAAACGGUCAGCUCAAGAGGAAGGACCAUUUUGGGCAAACAGAGGAAAAAGAGACCCGCUUCUGGAUGACAGAUUAUGCUGGAUUUUUGUCAGACAAAGCGAUUUGGAAUUUGAACCCCCAGGUGUACCUUACAGAAAACAUGAACUCCGAAUGAGGGACAGAAGAGCCAAAGGUGAUGAUCUUCCAUUUUAUGCCGCACGAGGGAAAAAGCAGCGUUCCAAACACGAUAACCAACUGUAAAUUGUAACUUAUAGCUGAUAAAUGACAUGUACCAUCAGUUGAACCCAUCUACUCAAUUUUGUUAAUAUGUAACGAUUUGUUACGUUAUUGAAUAGACAUAUUCCUA